AUGGAAUUACCUGAGAUGAGAUAUGAUGUGACUGAAUAUAUAGAAACGGCUUCAGGGAACAAAGUGAGUCGUCAGUCUGUUCUGUGUGGAAGUCAAAACAUUGUCCUGAAUGGAAAAACUGUCAUUAUGUCUGAUUGUAUCAUCCGUGGAGAUUUGGCUAAUGUUCGAAUAGGACGUCAUUGUGUCAUAAGUUCGAAAGCUGUCAUACGACCCCCUUUUAAAAAAUUUAGCAAAGGUGUUGCCUUCUUCCCACUUCACAUAGGUGACCAUGUGUUUAUUGGUGAAGAUUCCGUCAUUAAUGCAGCACAAGUUGGAUCAUUUGUACAUGUAGGAAAGAAUUGCGUCAUUGGUCGGCGUAGUAUCUUGAAAGAUUGCUGUGCAAUUGCAGACAAUACAGUGUUACCGCCAGAGACUGUCGUUCCUCCUUUCACUUUGUUUGCUGGAUCUCCAGGUCGUUUUUAUGGAGAGCUUCCAGAAUGUACCUUAGAAAUGAUGUUUGAUGCAAAGGCAAAAAUUAAUAUUUUAAUAUUUUCACAUAAUUGGCAUUUACUUCAAUUGCAAUGGCAAACUGUCCCUUUGAGUCAUCAUGAGCAAACAGCAAUUUUAUCUUUCUUUUGCAUCACCAUCCUUUGUCUAACAUCCUUAUCUUUGUUAUUUAAUUUCAAUGAAGAGAACAAAAUGGCGUCAAUUUUCUCUUUAUUUAAUCACCAACUUCUUUGUUGCAUCUUUUCGCUGUCUAAGCCAGCAAAAUGGAAGAUAUUAUAUUUCCAAUAUUUAGUUUAA